GCCGAGGUGGUGGAAUUGGUAGACACGCGGUCUUGAGGGGGCCGUGGGCUUUCGCUCGUGUGGGUUCAAGUCCCGCCCUCGGCACCAAAUGAUUCAUUGGGUAUUGGCCGGACGAACCAAUCUGGAAGCUAACCGAAGACGAUUGGCAAAUACAAGGCGACGUCUGCAAAACCUCUAUUCGGCGGUUCGAAUCCGCCCGUCGCCUCCA